AUGGAUAAUACAUCUAUCCGUGAAGAAGUCUUAGCUGAGCUUAACUUAUGCAGGGCAAACCCUAAGUCUUACGCCACUAUAGUUGCAGGUAUUCUUGACCUCUUCAAGGGCAAUGAAAUCCACAAGCCAGGUGAAAUCCCUCUUGAAACCCAAGAAGGUCCAGCUGCAGUCCAAGAAUGCAUCAAGCGUCUCCGUUCAAUCAAGCCAAUCGCUCCAUUAAGCCUUUCUGAAGGAAUGUCUAAAGCCGCACAAGACCAUUGCAAUGAUUUAGGUCCUCAAGGUAUUAUAGGACAUGAUGGCACAGAUGGCUCAACAGCAGAAUCUAGAAUUGAAAGAUAUGGAGAAUGGGAUGUCACUUCAGGCGAAAAUUGUGACUUUGGGAAUGACAGAGCUAGAGAUAUCGUGGUCUCUUUGCUUGUAGACGAUGGAGUUCCUGGCAGAGGACACAGAGAAAACAUAUUAAACCCAGAUUUUAAGGUGGUCGGAAUUGGCUUUGGGCCUCAUGCACAAUAUAAAUAUAUGUGCACUAUAGAUUUCGCUGGAGGAUUCACAGAAAGUGCUAAUUCUGGAGCAAAACCGAAAAAUGAGCCAAAAGGGAAAGCAGGGAAUCAGCCAAAAGGUCAAGGAAAAAACCAACAAGGACUUGGGCCUUAUUUGAUGCCUGCUGUCUGCUCUCAGGUUAUUGACGAAAUUAAUGCAGCCAGAACCAACCCAAAAGCUUAUGCUGACAAUGUAGCAGCCGUUUUAAAGCUUCUUACUCCCCCCCCUCCGUGAGUGAACAAAAAAAUUUUGUUCACUCACGGAGGGGGGUUAAUUUUUUUUUUAAAAAAAUUUAUAUAUAAAUUUUAUAAAAAAUAUUUUUUUCGAAAUUUAAAAAAAUCCUAAUUCGCAAAAAUUGGAAGGUAAAUAUUAAUUCAAUUUGCAAAAUUUAUGUUUUAAAAAGCAAUUCGGAUAAAAAUAAACAGAAUUAGCUCUAGAUUUCAUUAUAAUAAUUAUCAUUUAUGUAUCAAUUUUUUUUCCAUAAAAAUUUUUCUAUUAAAAAAUUUUUGUUCACUCACGGAGGGUGGGUUUUUGGACAAAAAAUAGGGAUUUUUCUAAUGGUUUUGUUCACUCACGGAGGGGGGGAGUUAGAGGAAAUGAAAUCCAUAAGCCAGGAGAAACUCCAAUAGAAACCCAAGAAGGUGCAGUCCCUAUCCAAGAAUGCAUAAAAAGACUAAAAGCCAUGAAACCAAUCGGCCCACUCGAGCUUUCUGUCGGCAUGUCAAAAGCAGCCCAAGACCAUUGUGACGACUUAGGCCCACAAGGCAUUACAGGACAUAAUGGCACAGAUGGCUCCACAAUGGAAUCCCGCAUUGAAAGAUAUGGGGAAUGGGACGUCACUGUAGGUGAAAACUGUGAUUUUGGCAAUGACCAAGCUAGAGAUAUAGUCGUUUCUUUACUUAUAGAUGAUGGAGUUACUGGAAGAGGACACAGAGAAAACAUUUUGAACCCUGAUUUUAAGGUAGCUGGUGUUGGGUUUGGCAGCCACGCACAGUUUAAUCAUAUGUGCACUAUUGAUUUUGCAGGAGGGUUUACUGAGUCUGCAGAUCAACCUGAAAGAAAAGCACCUGGAGCUUCACAGCCAAGUGGAAAAAAUCAGCCAGGAGGUUCACAAGCUAAGCCUCAAGCUAAAGGAAAACCAGGGGAAGUCACUUAUCCUCCAAUUUACCAAGAAGUUAUUGAUGAGCUUAAUUUAUGCAGAACUAACCCUAAGAACUACGCAAAUGUGGUAGCUGAAAUUUUGAAGUUUUAUAAAGGCAAAGAAAUCCAUAAACCAGGAGAAAUUCCAAUAGAAACCCAAGAAGGAACAGCCCCUGUACAAGAAGUCAUUAAAAGACUAAAAGCUAUGAAGCCAAUAGGCCCACUUACAUUAUCAUUAGGUGUUAGUUGGGCAGCACAAGACCAUUGUGAUGAUUUAGGACCAAAAGGAGAAACGGGCCAUGAUGGAACUGAUGGGUCAACCAUGGAAGGAAGAAUAGAAAGGUAUGGAGAAUGGGACGUCACUGUAGGAGAAAACUGUGAUUUUGGAAACAACAAUGCAAGGGAUAUUGUAUGAUAUUUUUAUUGAAUUUUAAUUAUUAAUUUUUUAAUAAAUUGGUAUAAUAAAGCUUCAUUUUUAUAUAAAAUAGCAUAGUUUCUUUAUUAAUUGAUGAUGGAGUCCAAGGCAGAGGACACAGAGAAAAUAUUUUAAAUCCUGCCUAUAAAGUAGCUGGAGUCGGCUUUGGCUAUCACAAAGAAUUCAAUCACAUGUGCACUAUUGAUUUCGCUGGAGGAUUCGAAGAAAAAGGAAAUCUUCAGCCAAGAGAUCCUGUAUCCUCUCCAGAAGAAUCCAAAAAUCAAGGAGGAAAGCCAGCUCAAGCCAAAGGAGACACCCAGCCUUCAGAAUACCUUGAAUUAAUUCAAGAAGUUAUCAACGAAAUCAACGUCGUCAGGACCAAUCCUAAAGCCUACGUAGAUGUCGUCAAUAAUUUCUUAAAAUUCUACAAAGGCAAUGAGAUCCGUAAGCCAGGAGAAACCCCUAUAAUAACCCAAGAAGGCCCAGCAGCAGUCCAAGACUGUCUUAAAAGACUUAGAGCAAUGAAGCCAAUCCCACCAAUUGAGCUUUCUUAUGGUCUCUCAUUAGCAGCCCAAGACCAUUGUGAAGAUAUCGGUCCACAAGGAGCUACAGGCCAUGAUGGGACUAAUGGCUCUACCACAGAAUCCCGCAUAGAAAACCAUGGGGAUUGGGACGUAACCAUUGGAGAAAACAUCGAUUUUGGGAACAAUAAUGCCACUGACAUUGUAGUUUCUUGGCUUAUUGAUGACGGAGUACCAGGAAGAGGCCACAGAGAAAAUAUUUUAAAUCCUGCCUAUAAAGUAGCUGGGGUAGGGUUUGGAAGCCAUACAGAGUUUGGGUAUGUCUGCACUAUUGAUUUUGCAGGAGGGUUUAGAGAAGACCCUAAUCAAGCACCUCCUAAAGGAAGCGCUGGGAAAGGAAAAGCUUCUGAAGAAACAAAACAGUCACCAGGAAAACCGACGAAAGGACAAGCUGAUAGCCCAGCUAAAGGAGGACAGACUGCUCCAGGAAAAGGAGGACAGACUGCUCCAGGAAAAGGAGAAAGCCAACCUGAUAAUCCAGCCCUAUUACAAGAAGUUGUUGAUGAAAUUAAUGCGUGCAGAACUAAUCCAAAAGCUUAUGCAGAUGCGGUAGCUGAUAUACUGAAGUUUUAUAAAGGGAAAAUGCUGACAAGGCCUGGAGAAACUCCAAUUGAAACUCAAGAAGGCCCAGCUCCUGUGCAAGAGGUCAUUAAAAGACUUAAAGCGAUGAACCCAAUAGGCCCAAUAGAACUAAGCGAUGAUAUGAGCAAGGCAGCUAAAGACCAUUGCGAUGAUUUAGGACCAAAAGGAGAAACUGGCCAUGAUGGCACUGAUGGAUCUACAGCCGAAUCCCGCUUACUCUAUUGGAAAAUAAUUAAUUAAAAUAUUAAAAAUAAUUAAUAACUAUAGAAAAAACAGCUAAUUUACUGAGAAGAGGUUAGAAAGAUAUGGAGAUUGGGAUGUUACUAUUGGUGAAAACAUUGAUUUCGGGAACAAUAAUGCGAGAGAUAUUGUAGUUUCUUUAUUAAUUGAUGAUGGAGUACCUGGAAGAGGACAUAGAGAAAAUAUUUUAAAUCCUGCUUAUAAAGUUGCGGGAGUUGGCUUUGGAAAUCAUACAGAAUAUGGCCAGAUGUGCACAAUUGAUUUUGCAGGUGGGUUUGUUGGGAAGCAAUCCCCUGCAAAAGGAGGGCAAGCAGCUAAAGGAAAAGAGCCUCUAGCAGCUAAAGGAAAAGAACCUCCAGCGCCGAAAGGCAAAGAAGCCCCAGCACCUAAAGGCAAAGAAGCUUCUGCACCUAAAGGCAAAGAAGCCCCUGCGCCUAAAGGUAAAGAGCCAGCAAAGGGUAAAGAUGCCAAAGGCAAAGACCCUCGCUCAGGCACAGCAAAAGGUAAAUCUCCAAACUCUUCUAUCCCUGAAGGAGUCACCUUGACUCCUGACGAAAUUGAGGAAGUCAAGCAAGCCUUCGAUCUAUUUGACUUACUCUACCUCCUUUAAAUUGGAAAUAAAAUAAGAAAACUAAUCCUUGAGAUUAGAAUAUAGUUUUUUUUUUUUUAGUUUAAAAAUAAAUUUAUAUGUAAAUCCCUUUAGCACCUAAUUUAAUGUCUCAAUAAUCAAAAAUUUGUAUAUUUUCAUAGUGCAGAAAGACUAUUUAGCACUUUUAAACGAUAAAUUUCAUAAAUUAAUAUUUUAUAAAAAGGUUAAAAAAUUUUAUAUAAUGCUUUAAAUGAAAAUUUAAUAUAAAUCAAAUCCCUUUAAAUGAACAGAUUUUUUUGUUUCUACUUAUAGUGAUGGAUGGAGUUAGAUGGUUCAGGCACCAUUGAUCCUAGAGAAAUUUCAGCCGCCCUGGCCUCAAUGGAAGACGAAAGAGAUACCACAAUGUUCAGGCUAUUAGGAGGAAUUGAAGAAUUAGGAGCAGCCAUCACCUUUGAAGACUUUUUACUGCAUAUUAAUGACCGCUUAGGAAACAGAAACUCAAAAGAAGGAGUUCAAAAAAUUUUUGACUUAUUCGAUUCUGAUGGAUCUGGAAGAAUUAGCGUCAAAAACUUCGCAAAAGUGUUGAGAGAGCUGGGAGACACUAUGACUGAUGAAGAAAUUAAGGAAACGAUUGCUAAGGUUUCUUCAGAUGGAGUUUCUAUGACAGUCGAUGACUUUUAUAACGUCAUGACUAAAAGGAAUUACGCUUAA